ACCUUCUCUUUCUUUCUUUCUUUCUUUAUUAUCCCUUUCUUCAUCUUUCUCAUAGUUUCUACUCAAAUGUUUCUCCUUUUGAUUUCUUCCCCUUGUUAAUUGAUUAACUGGGGUUCUUUCUAGUUGUUUCUCCUCUUCAUGUUUAAAAUAACAAGAAGAAGAACUCAAUAGAGAGGUUUUAAUCAAUUGAUUUUUCAUCAUUUCUUGUGCAAGAUAGAAGAAAUGGGUGAUUCUUCUGCUCAGUACAUCCACAUGGUGCAACACUUGAUAGAAGAAUGUAUAAUAUUCAAUAUGAGCCAAGAAGAAUGUAUGGAAGCACUUUCCAAACAUGCAAAUAUUCAACCUGUUAUUACUUCCACCGUGUGGAAGGAGUUGGAGAAGGAGAACAAAGAGUUCUUUGAGGCGUACAAGAAAACAAGAGAGGAAAAAGGAUCAUCAAUACAAUUAUUGGAGACGACAAGACAAAGAAUCCUUAAUAUGGUAUUGGAUUCUUCUUCUAAAGAUUCCAAUAACAAGUGACAACAAUAUUGCCUUCCUCUUUAAUCUUGGGACAACGAUGUUUGAUGUGAACUUUCAAAAUUAAACUAGCUUUAAGGGUUAGUUCAUUCAUGCAUAUUACCAACUUCUAGCACCUCAAAAAGGUUCUAGGGUAAUAAAACAAGAUAGGGUUGUAGGGAAGGUGUAGUCCUAAGUCCUAACUAGGUUGUCUUAUUCAAUUUUUGUUUUUCAUACAAAUCUAAUGUUUGGUAUUUGCUUUA